CCGGGCGGCAGACGCAAACAAGAAUCUCAUCUCCUCUUUCCCCCUUUUCUGCCGAUCGAUCUGCCAUUUCCUGUGAUUUCUCGUUUAUGGUGAGGACCAGGCCUCGUCGUCGCACGAUCCCUGUUGCAUGGCAACAGCGGCAUCGGCAGUAGCAGCAGUGAAGGUCAAGAGGGCAAAUCUUCCGCGAAUUCGCCAGGAGCGAGAGAUUCUCACGCCGCCGGCGUUGGAUUCCUCCCCCAGGAGCUCGGCACUGUUUCAUAGCAGCCCCAAGAAGAAUGCUCGAGCUUUUAGGGCAACAGGGCGUGGAGGAGCGCGUCGCCCGGCGGCCGAGGUCGUGAGGCCGCGCAUUGGCCAGGAUUUGCUACCCCAGGAUUUCUCCGCCUGGAGCAGCACGCCGGAUGGAUCUAUGCUGCUGCCGUCCUUUGGCGCUCCCGGCUCGCGUCGAUCCAGCAAUGUAGGUAGUGGCGCUGCUCCGCGAGCAUCAAUUUCUGGGAGGAGGUGCGAGGGAUCUCUUGGCGAGGAGGAGAUUUUAGGCAAGAGCCGCAGGGAUUUUGGCGUCGCGAUGUCUAUGGAGGAUUGGUCGGGGCUUCCUCCUCCAGGUGCGAUCGACAAAACUAUCUACCAAAAUCUGGUAGAGAUGAUCCCGCUCAUGGAAUCUUUCAUGGAGCAAAAGGGCAGGAGAGGUUUUACUCGCCAUGCUUCGAUGGUCUACACUCCCGCUCCACCCAGAGACGCUUCUUCCGUCAAGAAGGUCUCUGAUAGUCCUCUCAAAUCAAAGAAGAACAAGCAACAGCCGGCGAAGGUCGAUUCCAAAGACGAAAUCUCGGCAAUUUGGGACGAACAGGAGAACAUCCUCCGUCGGGUCGACCAAGACGAGAGUGGCGUAGAGUACACCGAAUCACAAAACCUGAUCGAGAAACUCAACAGGGAGGAGCUCGUCCAGCUCCAGGCCCAGAUCGAUCUGCUGAAGAAGCAAGUCUGGGAGAAAGACAGCAUGUUGGAGACUGUUCGAUCGUUUGAAGCAGCCGAGGCCGCGAGGGAGGAAGAGCUUGUGGAGCUCAAGAAGAAGAUGGACGAAGUGCAAAAGAGCCUGCGGGACAGGGAGCGCUUCGCUCAGGCCGUGCAAAGCCAACUGACAGAGAAACACAAGGACCUUGUGAAUAUGGAGGCGAUGGUGGCGAGAAUGCAGCGAGAAGUCAUGCAAAAGAACGAUGCGGCCGCGAGAAUGCGAGAAGAGCUCAGCCAUCUCCAGGUCCAGUUCUCUGCCGCUCAGUUCCAGGCUCAGCUGCAAAACAUUCGCAUGGACUUCGACGACGAACCGGAGGCUGGUGUUGCCACAGAUCGAGACGAGGCUGAAAGAAUUAUUGCGGGACUCGUGCCUUCCGAAACCAUGCCCGGAAACGAUUCAAGGCAACUCGAGACGGCGAGAAGGAUGUAUUUGGGAGCAGUGAUCACGGCGAAGCAAAAGCCCGGUGCCGAAUCCAUAGCUCUUGCGGCCGCGCUGCGAAAAGAGCUGGAAGCUUUCUUGGCGCACCCGUAUCUCUGCGGUGGGGCUGGUGGCGACGGUGAAUCGCUUUGCUCGUUUCGGCACAAAGCAGUCGGAGCUUUGCCGCUAAUCUGAACUGAAGAUCACGAAAGCAAGGAAUCAGCAGGCAGAAGUAAAGAAAUUUAAUUUUUUUCCUUCGUAUGUUUUUUCUUUUGCCUUCCGAAGAUGACGACGAAGCUUUUGUA